UGCUGGAAAAACAGUGUGGGUUCCAUUUGAAUUGAAAGAGCAAGAAGAAAAAAUGUCAUGGUCGUCGUCGGUGGGGAAGCGGGAACGCAAUGAAAACCAGCAACCAUGGUCACUUGGGAAGAAACCUCGACUUCACCAUUCUCUUCGCGUCGUUCUUAAUCCUGCUGAUUCUGAUCUAGAUUUCAAUAUCGAAGGAAAUGGUCUAAAAGGUUCUGCACUUUAUGAGCAUGGAUUUGCUUAUUGCUGGUCUGGUGCUCGUGCCAAUGUAGGUAUAACCAGAGGCAAGUAUUGCUUUAGCUGCAGAAUAGUAUCCGGACAGCCUGUGGAUAUGGAUGACACUCCUCUUGACCAAAGGCACCUCUGUCAGGUUGGCAUUUCGAGGGGAGAUGACAAGGUCGGAAACCUUGGGGAAACUCAGCACAGCUUUGGUUUCGGAGGAGACGGAAAGUUAUCUAAUUCUGGAAGGCUCUCCACUUAUGGAGAAAGCUUCGGCAUUGGUGACACGAUUCUUUGUGCAGUUGAUCUGGAAACUAAGCCUGCGGCUUCAAUUGGUUUUGCCAAGAAUGGGAAAUGGUUGGGCUCAGUGAGCUAUAUAGAUGCUGGCUCAAUUUUUUUCCCACAUGUUUUAUUGAAAAACGUUGUUGUUCAGUUGCAAUUCAGCUGUGAGGAUGGCUUGGUUCCACAAGAUGGGUACAGACCAUGGGGAUCUGCUUUGGCAGAUGGAAACGGUUUGAUGGGACCUUCAUUUACGGAUGUAUGUAACUGUGAAUUGAUCAUGAUGGUUGGGUUACCUGCUUCUGGGAAGACAACCUGGGCUGAAAGAUGGGUUAGUGACCACCCUGAAAAGCGAUAUAUUUUGCUUGGAACAGAUUUGGCCCUGGAUCAAAUGAAGGUUCCUGGUCUGAUUCGUAAGCAGAACUAUGGUGAGCGGUUUGACCACUUAAUGAAGCGUGCUACUUCAAUAUUUAAUACCCUAUUAACCAGGGCUUCCAAAACACCACGUAAUUUCAUUAUAGACCAAACAAAUGUCUACAAGAGUGCCCGUAAGCGCAAGUUAAAGCCUUUUGCUAAUUAUCAGAAGAUUGCAGUUGUGGCUUUUCCAAAGCCAGAGGACCUCAAAGCUCGCAGUGAGAAAAGAUUUAGAGAAAUGCGAAAGGAGGUUCCUGCUGAAGCUGUCAAUGAAAUGCUAGCCAAUUUUGUGUUGCCAAAGAGCAAGGAUAUGCCUAGGACUGAUGAAUAUUUUGAUCAGGUUGUAUACCUUGAACUCAAUGAGACAGAAUCAAAGAGAUGUUUGGAGGAAAUGAAAGGAAAACUGCAACCAGAAAUUAGUCUCUCCACUUAUUCCCGUGAAAAUUCACUACUUUCCUAUAGUAGCAAUCCUGUGAGAUAUUCUCAAGAGAAUUUGUUGCAGUCUCACCAGAGCUCGGCACAUCAAAUUUUUUGUGAAAGUUCUACCGGUAUCAGUCACACAACAUCUAGGCAUAACGCUCAACGAAAUUCUUCGACAACUUAUGACACCUCUCCAUUAAAAUGUCAAACUCCAUCAGGUUCUUAUCUAUCUCAGCCUAUAUUGCCCCAUACGUGUCAAAACAAUCCAACCAGUGGAAAAUUUCUUCCCCGAGAUGAUUUUAAUCACCGUCGCAGUUAUAGUGGAUAUGAACAUAGAGCAACUGCACCCAUGGGUAUUUUUGGCUCCCAUCAAAGAAAUAAUUUAUCCAAUGGUUCUGGUGUUGACUACCAUACAUCUACGUCUAAUGGAUCUCGUCUUGACUACCAUACUUCCAGUAAUGAAACCAUGGAUUUAUCUCCACGGUACACAGCAAACCUAAAUUCCCAUAGCACCCUUAUAGAACGGUAUCCAACAAGUUCUGCCCCUGGAGCCACCCAGGUUGAUAUGCACCCUCCAACUCAAUCCAGAUAUCUGCCUCCUACAUCAUUUGCACAAGGUUCAACUUAUGGAACUCCAUGUCCAAUGAAUGUGUGUGUAAACCACAACAUGCAUACACCAAAUCUUGACGGAUAUCAUUCUACUUCGAGGUACUACUGAGGAAUUUUCUUCAACAUCGGCUAAUAUGAUACUAAACUAGAUGUAGCUAUUUUGUUACUGAUGAUAUUUCUGUAUGAAAGAGAGGUGGAGAUUAUAUAUCUCUCUGAUUUCAAUGAAACGGAAACAGAAUAGUUUAAUCUCGAAUGCUAGUAGGAUAAGUUACACUGUAGACUUGGGAACAGGCCAUUUUAAAUGUGCAAGAAAGUUAAGGUCUGUAUGAACACAACCUUUACCCAAUGCCAUAUCAAGGAUGUUGUAAUAUGAAACAAUUUAAAGGAUCAACAUGAUUAAUUGAUUA